CCGUAAGAUGCAGGGGAGAAAGAUGGCGGCGCCGAGCCUCCCCACGCCGUUGUACGGACACGUGGGUCGCGGAGCCUUCAGCGACGUGUACGAGCCCUCGGAGGACACGUUCCUGCUACUGGACGCGCUCGAGGCGGCGGCGGCCGAGCUAGCAGGAGUGGAGAUAUGCCUCGAAGUAGGAGCAGGGUCCGGUGUGGUGUCUGCGUUCCUGGCCUCCAUGAUAGGUCCUCAGGCCUUGUACAUGUGCACUGAUAUCAACCCCCAGGCAGCCGCAUGCACCCUGGAGACAGCACGCUGUAAUGGAGUUCACGUUCAGCCAGUAGUUACGGAUUUGGUCCAGGGCUUGCUGCCCCGAUUGAAGGGGAAGGUGGACCUGCUGGUGUUUAACCCCCCCUAUGUAGUGACUCCGCCUGAAGAGGUAGGAAGUCACGGAAUAGAAGCAGCUUGGGCUGGUGGCAGAAACGGCCGGGAAGUCAUGGACAGAAUUUUCCCAUUGGCUUCAGAACUCCUCUCCCCAAGAGGGCUGUUCUACUUAGUUACCAUAAAAGAAAACAAUCCAGAAGAAAUUGUUAAAACACUGAAGACAAAAGGUCUGCAAGGGACCACAGCACUUUGCAGGCAAGCAGGCCAAGAAAUCCUGUCCGUCCUCAGGUUCAGCAAGUCCUAGUGUCCUGAGAAAGCCACCAAAGUAUGCAAGACCUGCCUGAAGCUGAAUGCACUCAGUAGGUUUAAGACUGAUGCUGAGAAAUUUUAUCAGAAAUUUGCCAUAAAGAAAAAGGUGGCCGGGUGGCGGUGGCACAUGUUUUUAA